UGUCUAGAGGACGAAGAACGUUCUGUCCCCUAUUCGCAGCAGACAGUUCCCGCUCCUGCCGCAGCCGCAAGCAACACGCAACGCCAGUCGAAAACCCACGUGAAACUUGUCCCCUCCGCAAGUGUUUGAUUGUGUACAUUGGCUAAUAGCACGGAGCAUAACCUAAGUGAAGUAUCAGCAAUGGCAGUUCGUGUGCAGUUUGAGAACAACAACGAAGUUGGAGCGUUUUCCAAGUUGACAAAUUCUUAUUGCCUUGUGGCGAUUGGUGGAUCAGAAAACUUUUAUAGUGUGUUUGAAGCAGAAUUGGCAGAAACUAUUCCAGUGAUCCAUGCGUCACUCGCAGGAUGUCGUAUUAUUGGGCGCAUGUGUGUUGGAAACAAAAAUGGUCUUCUAGUGCCCAACACAACUACAGAUGAUGAACUUCAGCAUCUCCGAAAUUCUCUACCUGACAAAGUUAAAGUGCAAAGGGUAGAGGAAAGGCUUUCAGCGUUGGGAAAUGUGAUUGCUUGCAAUGAUUAUGUUGCACUUGUUCACCCUGAUCUUGACAAGGAAACUGAGGAGAUUUUGGCUGAUGUACUUCAGGUUGAAGUUUUCCGUCAAACAGUAGCAUCAAAUGUUUUAGUAGGUUCUUAUUGUUCCCUUUCAAACCGAGGUGGGUUGGUACAUCCUCGCACCUCAAUUCAAGAUCAGGAUGAACUUUCAUCGCUCCUGCAGGUUCCUCUUGUGGCAGGAACAAUAAACAGAGGAUCUGAAGUGGUUGGUGCUGGUAUGGUUGUUAACGAUUGGUGUGCCUUUUGUGGUCUUGACACAACAUCAACAGAGAUUUCAGUUAUAGAGAGUGUUUUCAAAUUAAAUGAAGCUACACCUGCUGCUAUUACUUCCGAAAUGCGAUCUUCACUUAUUGAAAGUAUGUCAUAAUGUUGGCAGACGGAACCAUUCAACCACAAGAAUAUUACAACCAUAAGAAUUCUGCUCCAUCUUGAAUCAUAUAUGUGAUCUUCCAGCGUCAUCAGCUCAACUACCGUGUUUAUUCAAAUGUGAGAUUCUAUCCCUAUCCAUGCAAACAGUCUAUUUUUGUUAGAGCGACCUCAUUCUACUGUAAAUCCAAAUUAGGGGGUGCUCGUGAGUUAUUUGGGCACAUCAGUUUGAAAUACCAUAAAUAGAAGAAGGCUUCCAUACUAACAUUAGGGUCUGGUUUUAUAGAUGUUAAAAAACAUCUUAUUUUCAAAUAAAAACGGUGUUUCUAAACUGAGUUCCAUAUUAUACCUGUAUUAGAUGCUGACUUUUCAUUUUAUCUUGUGUACAAGGAAUUUAAAAGGGAAUUCGGAUGAGCUGACAGCCACACCUGAAAACUGUUGGCCAAAAUCAAUAAAAUUUUGGAAAGUUUG